AUGAGAAAACCAACCAAACUGCUCCCGCUGGGAGUGGCGCUGUGUGGCGCGGUUUUCCUGCUGCUGGCCACCACCACCACCACCGUCUCGGCGGAGUUCGAAUUCAACGACGACUUUGAAGAUCUGAUCGCGGAAGAGUCGAACGUGGACGAGGAUCUGUUGCCGGGCUCGGUACUCCUGCCGUCCGACGUGUUCAACGACGGGAAACCGUUCUUCGUCGAGCGUGACCCGUCGACCGGUGCGAUCGACUUUAACCACAAGAAGACGGGAAAUCAGAUCGAUCUGCCCGACGCCAAGCUGUACGACUCGAUCAAGGAUAGCUACGUGAGCGACAAGAAGGACGUGAUUGUGCACCAGUCGACGCCAAACUUCCACGACUUCCUCAACCUGCCGAAGAUGUACUCACCCGAGAACUUUGUGUCGAUCUCGAGCUCGUACGCGAACCUGAAGUAUCAGGGUAUCAACAAGGGAAGUGCUAGCAAUCACAAGGAGCAUUCCGGGACGCACAUCGUGGCGGCGACUUCGGCCACACCGGCACCGACUACAACUACGACCACUAGCACCACCGUGGCCCCACCGGCUAGUUCGACGAAGUACUUCUACAAUCGACCACAGUACACUUCGGGUAGCUUCAACCGGGCGCCCUAUGGAGGCGGUUCGACGACGAACACAGGCAACUCCGGGUCGUACUUCAAGUUCCCGGCUACAUCGGGACGUCCGAUUACUACCUCUAGCACCACCACCACGUCGACGACGACAACCGCUCCGAGUACAACAACGGCAACGGAAGCGCCGAAAACAACCGUCAACCCUCAGAAACAGCUGGUCACGCGCUAUCCGUACAAGAGCACGAUCAAGAACAAGUACCUCGAGACGUCGGAGCAGACGCGCAAGAAGUUCUUCCUCCCGUCUACGCUGGCCCUUCCCGGACCGACGACUACAACGACAACAACGACGACAACCACCACCACCACGGAGAGGCCUUCCCCGGCCACUCCGGUGCGAACUUCAUCCACGUACUACUCACCAUCCGGACGUCCACACUGGCCAGCUUCGGUAACGACCAGCUUCUACCAAACGACCGCCAGCACUCGACCACCAUCAACACCGCCCGCUAAUCCGGUCGUCUUCGUGGACGAUUCGCAAGGAAACCAGGGUUCCAAGAUUAAGUUCACGAUGCCGGCACUCAAGUACGAAGGAUCCAGACCGGCGCCGUUCCGACCGAUGCCAUCGCAGGAGGGUGUCGGUGCGGCGAACUCUCAACCGGACAGGUACGCCAACGCCGGUACCAAGAUCGAGCUGCCGAAGAACCCCGCCGUGAUGUCGCUUUCGGAUAUCUUUAACACGCUCGAGCAGAAGAAGCGCCUCGAGGCGGAGAGCAACCGUGUGGAGCAAGAGGUGGAGCAGGAAGAGGAGGAGGAUCAAACGACACCACCGUCGAUCGUGUUGCUCGGUUCGGACGGAUCCGAUGGUCCGAAGAUUGAGCAAUCGAUCGACCUGUCGGAUCAGUACGUGCAGUAUGAGGUUCAUCCGCAGCCGGCUCCGGUGCGUCCUCAGCAAACGCCUCAGCAAUAUGGACAGCAAUAUCCAUCGGUGCACCAGUCAAACGGACAUCGUCCUCAACCGCCAGCAAUGGAUUCGAUGGGCGCCGGUGGGCAGUACGUGCAGUACGAAGUGCGUCAACCUCAGCUGAACGUGGUCAAGUAUGGUGCGGUCCCAAGCAUGAACAGUGUCGUGAUCAGUCCCAACCAGCAUUCGGCCACGUUCGUCCUCGGUUCGCAGCAGUCGGUUGGAACGGUCGUAGGAUCGGGACACGCGGAUGGUGGCCACUUUGUUGGAUCGGUCUCACAGGAUAGCGCGUCGGCGGCGGCCCUCAGUGCCUCACGUCCCUCCUACCAGAUGGGUCAAGUGUUGGACGAACCGCACGAUCAGGCGAACGUCGGCACGUCCGUUCAGGUGCAGGUGAAACCGCAAGACAUCAUCAAGACGAGUAGCGUGCGCUUCCCAAGCGAGUCGGAUGACAAGUACGAUAACGCCCCGAUCAUCAGUGGUACGCACAAGAGUGAGGUUCUUCCUCCGAACGGCCAUUCGGCACCGGUGCGCCCCGACCAGAUGGUAGUUUUCCCCCCGAACCAAGACAUCUCCAGUACACUCCAUGAGGUUUCGAACCGAAUCGUGUUCGAUUCGCCCUCUCCGCCGAACGAAAAACUGAACCAGAACGAACUUUCGAUCGCACCGAACCCGAACUACCCGGCGGAUCUGCCGGAACAGCUGACACCACCUUCGGCGCCUUCUGGUUCUGCCGCGGGACCGCAGCGUCCGCGUCCUCCAGUACAAACGCAAGGUCCCCCAUUCCGAUACAACGAGAUCCACCGCCGACCACCGACGUACCCAAGCGAUCGUCCACGACCAUCGCUAACCCUCCCGAACAUCCUUCCUCAGUUCCGUCCGAAUGCAAAGAUUUCCCACGGGCAUCCACCAUAUCUGAAGGAACCUGGCACGUACCGUGUACCUCCGUCGGGGAUUCUCGUGAAAACGGGUCCACCACUACGUAAGCCCGCUUACCCUCACGAGUAUCACGCCGUCAACUCGCAACCACCGACUGGUGGUGGCCCGGUCCGACGUGCACCACUCCCAACGCGUCUCAUGGCACGCCCAAGCCGUCCCCAGAAUCUCCCACCAGCAUCGGCCGAGCUCGAGAACCGUCGACACUAUCGCCUUCCACCGCCACCACCGCAGAUGCUCAAGGAUCGUGUGUUCAACAUUCAACCACCGCGGCUUCAACCUCCCCCACCUCCACCGGCUGGCGCGGUGUCGCAUCCAAUAAACAUUAUCCCCACGGGACCACCAGUGCGUCCGCCUCAGGUUGCAGGUAGCUCGGAAAAGCCGAACGAACCGCUGGAAGAUAACGAGUUCCAUCGUAGUCCGCCUCAGAUCCUGAAGAGUAUCCUCAAGGAUGAUCCCCAGGGUCGUCCCAAGCUCGAACCGGUGGUAACGCUCCAGAUGUUGCAGUCGAAGAAACAGCAAGGAUCCGUGCAUAGCUUCCAACAGCAACCGGAAACAGAGGUCAAUGUCAAUGGUGACGGCGGUGCUGUGGCGGGAGUUCCACAGGCAGCCGGCGAACACCCGGUGUAUGUUGUGUAUCCAGUCAAGAGUACGCCGGUGAAGUUGGACGAUCCCAUCGUGGUAGGACAGCGGGGCGAACAGUCACCGCAGGCCCCACCGAAGGUGAUCAGUCCUGGAACCGAGUACCAGAACACACCGUUCUCGAUUGCGUCACACUUCGAGCAGGAACCGAUCCUCACGGCCAAGCACAAGAAACCGAACCCGCACGUGAAGCUAAACUUCCCCUAUAGUCUGGAAAAACCGGAUCCACUUGCGCUGGCCCGACCGGAAAAGGGAAGCGCUCACGUGCGACAACCGCAGCAGGAUCUGCUCGAAUCUGAUUCGGAGUACAAUCUCGGGGAGGAACCAUCGGCCGGUGGAUCGGCCGGGCAGGAUGAUCAGGAUUUGAUUUCGAGCAAAUUGCAGCGCUUCCACACCGACAGCACUCCCAUCGCAAUCGCGUACACCCCGACCGAGUCCAGUGUUUCGGUGGUCGGUGUCGCGAAUGGAAACAACAUGCGUUACAACAAACCAGCCGGAGGGUACGGGGCGGGUAACAACUAUUACUACUCCCCAUAUGGUGAGACGCAGACAGAAGUAUCCUAUCUGAAGAUCGACGAUGUGGAUGAGUUCGGUAAUCCAUCACGACGCUACGAACAGAGCUUCCAGGCACCGUUCCAGGCAAGCAUGAGCCUCGAUCCGGUGAAGGUGACGAACCCGUACGAAGGUUGGGCCGUCGUGACCUCUUCCCCGCAGGCACUUAAACUCAAUCAGCAGCAACCGGUGCAGCUCGCGCACAAAACGCUCGACUCACCCGCCGGACAGAACUCGAAAAACUCCAUCGAUCGAUCCGACAACGAAGAAACGACGUCCACGGGCGCAGGAGACGACACGGAAGAUCAUGGUUCGGCGAUGGUAGUAACACCCUCGUCGUCCAAUUUCGAUCCGGACAGGUUCCAACCGGAACUGCAGGGUGGUUUCCGACCGAUCUACGGUGCGGACAUCAAGCUGAGCGAACAGGGUAACCCCGACCCGCAGCGAUCGAGUGUAGCGGACCUAUUCGCCGACGUCGAUAGCGAGGUGGAUCGCGACGUGGACGCAACGGAUCGCCCGGAACCGGUGACAAAGUUGCAACUCGUUCAACCGAAACCCAAACCGUCCGAGGUGAAAAAGGAGGACGAAGCAGAGCCCGGUAUGGAUCUCGAUCUGGAAGCGUUCUUCGAUCGGCUCACGGACUACGACGAUGGUGACGGUGGGCUCGAUGAUGUGACAAUGAGUGACGAAACGACGAACGAGACGCUACCGGGCAGUGACGAGAAGGAGCAAUACCGAGCGGUUGCCGAAGGACGAAGCAGUAAGGGUUCGGUUCUGGCGGAAGCGGAUAGUACACCCAGCAGUAGUCCCACGGAAGACUCCAGUACAGGGGCAACAGUGGCGGUUGAGGCAAAACCAUCGGCCACCACGACACCAACGUGA